AUGGAAGUCAUCUAUUGUUAGGAUUAAGAUCAUACUGGAAAUCCACUAAAUUUAUUUUGUUUGGACAAAGAAUGCCAAAGUAAAGGUUUAAUUUGUUCAUUUUGUUUGUUAAAGUCUCAUUAAGAACAUGUAAAUAACGUAUUCCCUUUAAAAACAAUCAUACAGAAUCUUAAUAAAGCAAAUAAUCCAAAAAACCAAUAAGAAUUGUAUAACAAAGGCAACCAGAUAUUUGAGAAACAUCAUAAAAUUAAACAAACCUUUAGAUCAAAUCUAAUCCAAAUCAAAGAGAUUCUUAACAAAUUAGAAAAAGAGAUCUAAAAACAAAUUAAAGUCCUUGACUUAGAAGCAAGCUUAUUUGUUGGAGACGCUUUUGAAAAAUCCAUUUCCGUAUUAAAUAAGUAGAAAUUACAAAAAGAAGAAAUUGAAUAAGCUAUUGAAAAAAUUGAACCUCUGUUAAAGACUUGCGAUGGACAGAUUUGGAUCCUUAGAGAAUCAGAAAUAAAUCAGUCAGCGUAAAAGCUACUUAAAAUAGCUGAGGUUAUAGAAAGAGAAAGCAAGUAUUGGCUUGAGAAAGUACGUUUAUUUCUUAAAUUUAAGUGUCUUCUCGAUCUUAAUAAGCUAUAUGAAAUCUGUUAAAAUCCAAUUAAAAAAUAAGUCUAAAUACUUACGAGUUAAAACAGAUAUUAGUUGACAUAUGAGUAAUGGAAUUUAAAGGAAACCGAUGCUAUAAGUUUUAGAUCCAAAAAGAAACAUGAUAUAUGGUUAUCAGGCGUUGGUUUAUAUGAAAUUACAACUAAGCCUGAAUAACCACUCUCAUUUACUGUUCAAAUAUUUGAAGGUGCCAAUGUCAAUAGGUUUAGUAUUCAUUAAUUGUAUUUUAGUAAAAUGGUCAUUUAUGAAGAUACUUUUUCUGUAUAACCAAACAUUAAUUUUUGUAAUCACAUAGGAAAAAUGUGCUUCAACAAGGCUAUUAAGAUUGAAUUUGAUAAGCCCUACACUAUCGGUAUUAUUUAUUUUAUACGAAGCACUUAAACCAAAUUAAAGUUGUUUAAGUUACUACGGUGCCAAUGGUCUAUUAGAAACUGAGGAAUUUCAAUUUUCAGAACCUUCAUUCACUCAAGAAUUUAGUGAUAAUUCAACUACUAUAAAUUAAGGGGUCAUACCACACUUCUAUUAUGAAGAAUGA